AUAAAAGAGGUUUGGUAAGAACCUCGGUAUCUCAAGAACCCUAAUUUUCAAAGCUCUCAAGCUUGAACAAAUUGGAGAAAGACGAAAAUGGUGAGAAUCAAGCAUGCACUCCCAAAAUGGUGGAAGGGAAAAUCGUCACUCAAAAAGGAACUCUGGGCAAAACACCGUUGGACGCGUCUACUGGCUACAAAGGACUCACAGCAGUCCGAUGUACAUCUGGAAACGAAGGAGGUUGAAGAAGACAGAGAAAACCUAACACAAUCCAAUCUGCUAGAAUCAAACAUGGAGCAACCAGGUUCACAAUAUGCAGAAGCCAAAGCCAGAGAUGUCACAGAAGAUGAUGGACUUGUAGUUGCAGAAGAAGAAGAACCUGCCCCUCCUCUCCUCCAAGUUGACUUGAGGCACUUUGAAGGGAAACAUUACAAUGACAUGCCAAGAUUGGAGGAUCAGAAGGCAGCUCCCGCAGUUCUUCAGUCAGACAUCUCCAAAACAGCAUUCAUCAAGGCUGAAAUAAAGCUGCUGCAAGAGCAAAUUGAAGGAUAGAAAAAGCUGAUCAAAGGAGCAGAAAUCAAAAAGAAGAAAUGGG